UACAACCAAAUAGAGGAUAAUCAAGUCUUUAUAAAAAAAACUCUUAUCAGUUUGGUUUAUAGGCUAAUGAUUUACCUCAACCCUGAUCAAAUUAUCAAACACUUUCACUUUCACUGUACAUGCGUUCUAUAAAAGCUGCAAGAUUUGAGCUGUAGACCACUAUUCAAGAAGAGCCUGAAACAUCUCAAACGAUUCAGCAAGCAACCUGCCUGCCCGAAAGCAUCCACUCCUUCAAGGUAAUUCUGCAUAUACCAGCUCAAAAUGAACCCAAGUGUUAGAGAGUUCUGGUUCCAGUCCGGUCCGGCCAAAAAACAGGAGACGCUCCAUUCUUCAAGAACUGAGAAAAUAAAGGAUCUCCGGACUACUGUGAUGAGGGAACCAGUGUAUCUGAUUGAGGCGACUCAUCAAAGAUUGCACAAUUCAACCGCCCUCGGUUAUGUCCAGUCUGACCCAGCAGUUUCUACAGUGAUGAUGGAGGAACCAGUGUGUCGGAUUAAGAACGACAUCGCUCGUGUGUUUGAGCCCCUGGAGGAGGCUUUGAGUCAUGGAUCCUAUAUUCACCCAGGGGGUUACAAAGACUUCCAUGACAACCUACAGGAGCUAACCAAGCAAUACAGAACAGAGAGAGGCAGGGGAGUUAUGAGUGAGGAACUAUUGAGAGAAUAUCUGGAUGAGAAGGCUAGAGUGGGGAACACUAUCCUCUUGGUCGACCAGACUCUCAGCAAACAAGAACACAAAAGUGAAGUGGAGAGGGUGAAGAAGGAGGCAGCAGAACAGGCUCGGAGAGCGGCAGAAGAGCAGAUUCAGAUUCAGCAACAGCUGAUGGAAAAGAUUGAGAAAGAACGAGAGAUCACCAAACAGGAAUAUAAACAAGUGCUGGAGGCCAGACUUACGGAGCUGAAGGACCUAACGGAAGAAGGCUUUAAGGAAAUAGGAGAAUACAUGGAGAAAAACAAAAACGCCAUUCAAAGUAACGAUAAUCCAACUCCUCAAAAUAAUGUCUCCAAAAUGUUGGAUGGAGUUGGGACUAUUUGUUCCUUUGUUCCUGGCGUUGGCACUGCGAUUGGGGGCGGUCUUAUCGCCAGUGCCAAAGCUUUAGACUACGCUUCAGAACUCGUAAAGUAACUGUCAGAUUUUUAUAAAAUGUGACCGAUAAUUAAUAAAAAUAUGAGGGAAAUAUUUUCCUU